AAUCAGCGUCUCCGACAUAUUUGAGUGUAUAGGGCCUGUACGAGUGUUCGGCCCUAAUCGGUUUCCCCCGUAGCCUUUCGGCUAACGUCUCUCGUCGUGCUCUUCACUUGAUUCAAGUUGGUCGUCUAUUACGGUUCAAUAAUAUAUUCAUUGAUAAAUAAAGUUCUAAUUUCUAAUUAAACUAAGUCUUAUUAUUAUUGUUUAAAUCCACAUAACCUCUAACAGGUUAUGGGCCCAGAGCUCGCUUUCACUGAGCAGAUUAAUAAAGUGUUUGUUAAAUUAUAAAAGGUGUAGUAAAGAGAAACGUGUAAGUGAUUUUGGAAAAUCUAACAAAGAAGACUUGCAGUUUCAAUGGCUGAAAACAAAGACAAAGAAGGAUCGACAGUGUCGUCGACUUUUGAAAUAGACACGUUAAAUGAAAUGCUUGAUAACAUGACAUUUGAAAAUGUUAUGGUCAAGCUGGAGGGUGUGUUUAUGCUUAAAGCAAACCACCCAAAUGAGGAAAUUGAGUUAUCCCUGCAUGAAAAUUAUAUUUCACUAAAAACUCAGACGAGUGUUGAGUACAAAGCAGCUAAAACAUUUGUUACCAAAGAGGAGUUGAAAGCGCUAGAAGUAUGGCUGGACAAAUGUAAGAAACAGGGUGUGAAAGCUGUGCUGCCGAGUACUGUAAAGAAACAGGAAAUAGUUGAUCCUGUAGAGGAACAAUGGUUGGCUACGAGAAUCAGCAACGACAGAACGAAUGAUGACAGUAGUGGUGACGACGGAAAGAGUGACGAGAGAAUCAGUAACGACAGAACGAAUGACGACAGUAGUGGUGACGACGGAAAGAGUGACGAGGGAACUAGAUAUGACGGAACUAGUUAUAAGAGGAGUGUCAACACAACGAGAGCUAUGAUUCAUAAUGUAGAAGGAGAUAAUAUAACUCAGUUGGCCACUGAGACAAAAGGUAAAGGUCUACCUAAAAUAAUUGAGACAAAACCGGUAAAAAUAUCUCUAAAGAAAUUUAACGUUCCUAAACUAUUGAAUAAAUCUGACAAUAAAAAUUGUUUAGAUGACACAAAUACAGAAACUAAACAAAAGACUGACGAAAAGGCGACUGCCUGGAUACCUUGCUUCAAUGCCAUGGACAAUAUGCUGUUGCAGCAGUCCAAAAUGUUGGCUAGCUUAACUGAAACUAUGAAAAGCAUGGAGAAAAGGCAAUCAGAAAUUAUGGAAGAGUUAUGUCGUAACCGACAAAAUAUGAGUGAUCUGGGUAAACAAGUAGAGAAAAUCGAGUGUAAUAUAAAACAGGUAAAAGAGUGUGAACCUGAUGUGAGUUGCAUGACCCAGAACAGAAGCUCAGACAUCAAUCUGGGAGAACCGAGUGGUCACAAUUUAAAUAGCAAUGUAAGACAGAAUGACGACAGAUACGUUAGAGCUGAUGAUGUUAAAGAUGCAAUAAAGUAUGAGAUAAUAAGUAAAGAUGUGGGUACGCGCCGUGAUUACAAAUUAACUAAUCAAACGAAAUUUGAAUACUUUUACGAUUAUUUUUCUUCAGAAUUGAGAUCGCUUGAACUAUUGUAUGUAAUUGACACGAGUGAAAAAACCGACUAAAAAUAUGAUGCAAAUACUUUGACAAAACAUAAAUUCAAAGUGCGUGAUAUUCUCAUAAAUCGUUUAGAGUCAUACUAUCACACAAAGGUAGCUCAUUUAAAAGAUCCUGUCGAAAUACUAAAUAAAAUAAAAGAAUUAAAACGAUAUGAGGUGAAUUUAACUACUAGUAUGAUUAGAAGGAAUUUUCACACCAUGCAGUAUUCACCAGAUAAAGAGAGUGCUUCUGAGUUUUGUGAAAGGUUUGAAAACUGCAUACGCGAUUAUGGGAAUAUCUCAGACACUGCGACCUUUUCUGAGGAGGAAAAACGCGACACAUUUUAUAAUGCUAUUAUGACCACGGUUCCUUCGGUUCAAGCUGUUGAGUUUAUAAGAGCAGAGGCAAAUCGAAAUCAGACAAAAUCAGGAGAGACCAGAGCAGCAAUGACAGUUAAGAAAGGUACGAGUGCGAGAUGUUAUGAGUGCUCUGAUUUUGGUCAUAUCAGUUAUGAUUGCCCCCGAAAAGGAACAGGUGUUGUGAAAUGUUACGAGUGUAAUAAGUUCACAAACCAUAAGGCUGACGAGUGUCCUCAAAGACAGGAAAGACUAAAGAAGCAAGGAUCUACGAGUGGUCGAGUUUAUAAAAGAGGUAAUGGCAGGUAUAAUUACAAUAAAAACUUACAAAAAUCUGGACAGAUUAACGACAGACGACAGACAUUGAAAAGGAGAAAUGACGAUAAUACGAGAGGUUAUAAUUACAAGAGAGGCAGAUUCAAUCAAAAUAAAGGUCGAGGUGGCUACAAAUAUGUUAAUAAGAACUUCAAACAGCCCAAAUCAAAUAAUGAUGGGAAUAAGAAAUCAGCUGAUACUGCAAAGGAAUCACAUCCACAGAAAACUCCUAUGAUUACAACACAGGCGGCCAACAGAGAACGAAAGCUUAGAGAAGAGAGUGAGGAUCCAGAGCUGCUACGAGUGACAAAAACGAAUGAAAAUAUUCCGUAUAGAGAAGCUGUUGGAAGUCUAUUGUAUCUGGCUGGUGCAACACGACCAGAUAUAGCUUAUGCAGUCAAUGUGCUAAGUAGACAUCAAAUAAAUCCAGUGGAUAAUGACUGGAAAAUGGUGAAACGAGUGUUUAGAUAUUUAAAAGGAACGACGGAUGUAGGACUGAAUUAUUUGUCUAAUCAGGAUGAUCUAAGAGCGUAUUCGGAUGCUAGCUUUGCUGAUUGCAAAGGCUCCAUCACAACGAGUGGAUUUUUAAUACAACUGUAUGGAGAUACAAUAGCCUGGAAGUCUCAUAAACAAAAUUAUGUAGCACUAUCGACUUGUCAGGCAGAAUACGUUGCGAUGAGCGAAGCAAGUCAAGAGUUGAUUGCUAUGAACAAUUCUCUUAAAAUAAUCUUGGAUCAAUCAUUUACUCCAAUGCAACUAUGGUGUGACAACAAAGCAGCUGAGGCGAGUGCACAGACGAGUGGUGGAAAUAAGCUGAGACAUAUGACUGAAGUGAGAGAACACUAUGUGAAAGAGUGUGUAGAAAGAAACUUCAUUAAAAUAGGCUGGAUUCCUUCAAGGAAUCAAAUAGCAGAUCUAUUACUAAACCUCUUCCCUAUGGGACUUUUAAACGACUGA